AUGAAGACGAUGCUGGCCUCUGCCAAUGAGACGCACCAACGGGAGCGCCAGGAGUUGGAACAGAGCCUCGAGGCGCUGGAGGCGCAGCUGGUGGAGGCGCAGCGCCGCGCCGAGGCGGCGGAGGUGCAGGCAGCCUGCCUCGCCCAGAGCCAAGCGCCGGCAACUGAGGAGAAGGCCGCCGCAGGCGGCUCCACGCCGCCUUGGAAGGCAGCGACGCAGGGCGGCAGCUCAGAGGCCUCCUUCGUCGCGGCUCUCCGGCGGAGGCGCUUGGUGGCGGAAGGGCAGCUGCCCGAUGAGGUGCGAGAAGGUGUGAAGCAGCUUUCGGAGAGCCUGUGUGCGGCGGUGGAGAGAUUAGCCAACGACCUGUAUGAGAGCGAGUGCCAUUUCCUUUACGAGAUCAUACAGAAUGCUGAGGAUGCGCACGCACGUGCUCGUCCCAAGGAGGCCCGGGAGCCGCGGCUGAGCUUGCGCUUGGGGCCGCCUUCUCCCGCCUUCCCCCACGGAUUCUUUCUGAGCGAGAACAACGAAGCUGGCUUCACAGAAAGAGACGUGACUGCUCUGUGCGACAUCUCGGCAUCUUCCAAGAAGAAGCCGAUGCCUGGGGCAGAAGGCGGAUCCAUCGGCUGCAAGGGCAUCGGCUUCAAGUCGGUGUUUACCGUCAGCGACCGCGCCCAUGUGCUGUCCAAGGCCUGGAUCGAGUUCAGACCCCGGUUUUUGAACGGUUCAACGGGCUUGCGGCAGGGCUGCCACUUCGAGCUCAGGCUUGGCGAGGCGGAGCUGGCCAAGCUGCCGCCAGAGGUGCGGGAGGUGCUGUUCCUGCCCUUGAGGGCGAGCGGCCUUGCGGCGGCCAUUGGGCAGGAUGGGGCAGACCGGUUGUGGCCAGCGCAAAUGCACAUGGAGACCGAGAUGGAUGAGUUGGCGGGCCCUGGGCGUGCCUCCCUCCUCUUCCUAAGGAGCUACUCCGCGGGAACCAGCCUCUGA